UAUCAAAAUACGAAUACAAAUUGCGAUAAAAGUUGUAAUAUUUUUCAUUCAGAACAAAAAAUUAAUGUAAAUGGAGUCAACAUCAAUUACCUGAGAGUUGGUAUGGGUGAACAUUCAGUUUUGCUUUUACCAGGUGCCUUAGGUUCGAUUUGGACGUAUCUUAAACCAUAAAUAGAGAGAUUGGAUGGUGGAAAAUUUACUACGAUGGUAUGAGAUCCUCCGAGCUAUGGAAAAUCAAAACCACCCGACAGGACAUUCCCAAAUGAUUUUCUUCAACGUGACACCGAUUAGGCAUACUAUUUAAAAGGUUACAUAACAUUUUCAUUGAUAAGUUGGAACGAUGGGUUCGCUUCGAUGUUCCCCGAUAAUGUUCGAAAGAUGUUAGCUGUGAAUGCCUAUGUAACGCCGAAAGAAAUCAACAUUUAGAAAAAAUACCAAAAUAUAGAUAGUUGGUCCGAAAAAAUGCAAGCUCCAUUAACAGAAAUAUACAGGGAGGUCUAUUUCCGAAGACCUUGGUCUAAUUAGACAGAUGCAAUUUUGAGAAUUUGUGAAAAACAACACGGUGACUUAUGCAAAGUGUUGCUAACGAAAAUUAAAUGUCUCAGUUUGAUCAUUCAAGACAAAGAUCCUAUGGUACUUGCCGAGCAUCCAAUUUACUCGAAGGAUCACAUCGUCGGGGCAGUUUGUAUCUUAUUUAUAUUACUUUUCAGGUUGAAAAUUUUUUGAAGAGGAGCUCAUAAGUUACAUUUACGGCAUUCUGUGGAAUUUAAUGUGGUUCUUAUCAAGUUUUUAAUCGGCUGAUCGAUGGUUUCACGAUCUACAUAAAUAUGUGAUAGAUAUGAUAUACUGUCUUAUAUACCUUUUCUUAUCUUGAUACAUUUGUGGACAUUGUAACAUAAUAUAAUAACGUUUUUUAGUGAGCAUUAGUAAUACCUAUGAUUAAUCGCAAAAGUUAGAAAAAGCAUCCUUAUUAAGAGUUCGAAGAACGUUUGUUCUACACUAUGCUGAAUGCGUGAUAUAGCAUAAAGGACACACGUGGGAUAACCGGCACAGGAAUCAAGUCAGAGAAAGGAGCUAUGAAACCACGUGGGCGAUGAAGGCUUCCCGUUGGCUUACCUCUUUUGACAAGGGACGUUUCCAAAUAACGUUUCCGCCUUUUUGAUAGAAAAUUAAUUUCCAAAUAA